UCAAUCAAUGAGACCAAAUUAAGGAAUGGGAUAUUCAUAAAAUUCAUACAAAUCCAUAAAUUAGGUGAAGAAUUGAGCUACCAAAAGCAUCUGUCUAUGGCUCUUCUGUACUGCCUUGUAUUCUUUCUGCAUUACUUUUGCAGUCAGCUUUGUUUCGCCAUUGACAGCAACAGCAUCACGACAACUCAAUUCCUACUGGAUUCUCAAUCUAUAGUUUCAAGAAAUGCUACUUUCAAGCUGGGUUUUUUCAGCCCACCAAACUCCGCAAAGCGUUAUGUUGGCAUAUGGUUCAACCAAGUUCCUGGUAUGACCGUCGUAUGGGUAGCCAACCGUAAUAACCCUCUGGAUGAUUCAUCCGGUGUACUGCAGAUUUCUGACAACGGAAAUCUGCAGUUGAUUAACGGGCAGAAAGUGAUUAUUUGGUCUACAAAUGUGACAAGUUUAGCUGCUGAGAAUUCCACUGCUCAACUUCUGGAUACAGGGAACCUGAUUUUACAGCAGUCUAACUCCACUGAUACACCAAGAAAAGUAUGGCAAAGCUUUGAUCAUCCCACAAAUACAUUCUUACCUGGUAUGGAACCUACAGUUCCAAAAACUUCUAAUAAGAAAAACAUAAUUUUCCAAUCAUGGAAAACCCCAUCGGAUCCCUCUGUGGGGAGCAUCUCAGUUGGUAUUGGCACUCCAAAUGGGCUUCCACAAAUAUUCACGUGGAAAGACGGUAUCAACUACUGGCGAAGUGGUCCAUUCGAUGGAAACAACUUCAUAGGACUUCCAAAUGUCGACAAUACUUUGAAGGACGGAUUUGUUCUCCAGGAAAAUGAUGGAAAUGGAACAUAUGACAUGUCAUUUGAGCCAGAAGAAGCAUCUCUCUUGUUCAACUAUCUUGUAACUACUAACGGUACUAUCAUAGAACAGUAUUGGAAUGAUCAAACCUGGAUACCAGGGUGGGUAGCUCCAUCAUCUGCGUGUGAGAUUUAUGGAAAGUGUGGGCCUUUUGGUUCUUGUAUUCAUGACUCUGCGACUUGCAAAUGCUUGCCAGGUUUUAAACCCAAAUUUGAUCAGGAAUGGAGAAAGGGAAACACCAGCAGUGGGUGUGUAAGACGGACAAAACUUCGGUGUGGCAUCCAAGGAGGCAAUCAAGACAACUUUUUGAGGCUGCAGACUAUCAAAGUACCUGACAAUCCGUUGCAGAUAUCAGCAUUUAGUUCAGAUGGUUGUAAAACCAAGUGUGUGACCAACUGUUCGUGUUUAGCUUAUGCAUAUCAUUUGAAUAUUGGAUGUAUGAUAUGGUAUCAAGACUUGAUCGACACUCAGAGUUUUUCCGCUGGUGGAGUGGAUCUUUACAUCCGUCUAGCAGCAUCAGAGCUAGGGCAAAGUAAAAGUCAUGUAAAGGUUGCAAUUAUAACAUCAGUAGCUAUCACAGGUGCAGUAGUAGCUGCUAUUUCCAUAUACUUUAUAAGAAGGCAGAUGAUGCAGAGAGGAAAGAGAGAGCAGUCAAAUAGAUACAAGUUCGAAGUUGGCCAACUUGAACUACACGAGCCACCACUUUAUACAUAUGAUUUGCUGAGAAUUGCUACAAAUAAUUUUGACGAAAGUAACAAACUUGGAGAAGGUGGCUUUGGUCCAGUUUAUAAGGGGAUAUUGGAAAGUGGACAGGAAAUAGCAGUGAAAAGACUUUCAAAAUCUUCCGGACAAGGCCUGGAAGAGUUCAUGACAGAAGUGAAGGUGAUCUCUAAACUUCAGCAUAGAAAUCUUGUCAGACUUCUUGGCUGCUGCAUAGAGGGAGAGGAGAAAAUGUUAGUUUAUGAAUACAUGCCUAAUAAAAGCUUAGAUGCUUUUCUCUUCAAUUCUCAGCGUCAAGAACAUCUAUCAUGGGAGAAACGGUUCAGUGUUAUUGAGGGCAUAUGUCGUGGUCUCCUCUACCUUCACCGGGAUUCAAGAUUAAGGAUUGUUCAUAGGGAUCUAAAACCAAGUAAUAUUUUGUUGGAUGAAGAUCUUAACCCUAAAAUUUCUGAUUUUGGCAUGGCAAGGAUAUUUGGGGGUAACCAAGAUCAAGCAAACACUAGAAGAGUGGUCGGAACCUACGGUUACAUGUCUCCUGAAUACACAAUGGGGCACUUCUCUGAAAAAUCUGAUGUCUACAGCUUUGGAGUCAUACUAUUAGAAAUUGUCAGUGGCAGAAGAAACUCCACAUUCCACCGCGAUGAGAAGUCUCUUACACUAAUGGGAUUUGCAUGGAAAUUGUGGAAUGAGGGGGAUAUGAUUUCAUUCAUUGAUCCUACUAUUCUAGAGCCAUGUUUUCAGAGAAGCAUUUUAAAGUGCAUACAGAUUGGACUAUUGUGCGUCCAGGAACUUUCUAAAGAUAGGCCAAACAUCUCAACUGUUAUAUCCAUGCUCGAUACUGAUGCAGAACACCUACCACAUCCCAACAAACCCCCAUUCACAGAAUGGGAUAUUUCUUCAGAGGAUCAGCAAAGCAGUUCACUCCUCAGCAGCUCCACUAACACUUAUUCCACUACAAUUAUUCAGGGUCGGUAAUAUGACCUCUCGGCAUAUAGGAGACAGAGGUAAAGUGUGAUGGCCUCUCCUCUUUGUAAGUCUAGCAUAGUUCAAAGUAUCAUCUUUUUGAAGUGAAAUCAAUUCCGGUAUAAAACAAUAAAAAUGAAACUAUACAUGUGCAUUUUCUCCCAUUAUGAAUUGGAUUCGACAUUGGUGUUUGUUACAUAUUACGCUUUUGUAAGUAUAAAUAACCACAGAUGGUUCAACUUUAGA